AAUAAAAUGGCUUCCUGAUUAGAAAAUGAAACAUUCGUUUAAUUUUCUAUCAUAGAAGCACAUGUGCAUGUGGUUUUACAAAAAAUGUUAAGGAUAAAUGUGGCGGUUGCUGUAUUUAUUGUGAAUCUUAUUCGUGGCUGGGGGCAAACGACGCAGGAUCCUAGGGUUGGCGAAAUGCUGUUAGCGAAGAGGUAUCAAAUGGAAUGCAUAGAGGAGACAAGAGUUGAUCCUGAUAUAAUCGCUGGAAUAAAGAAUGGGCGUUGGAGUAUACCGUGGAACGCCAGACCCCUGGCAAUGAAGUGGGCGUUAUGUGUGAUGAUGAAAAGAGGAUUAAUGACCAAGGAAGGAGUUUAUAAACUAGAUGUCGCUUUAAGAAUGGUUCCCAGAGAAGAAAGGGAUGCUGCGGAAAAGUUAAUAGACUCGUGCCUGUCGCCAAAAGCUAUACCAGCUGAAAACAUUGCCUUUGAAUUUAUUCAUUGUUUCCAAGACACUAAAUCGAAUUACUCAGUAUCUAUUUUUAUUUAGAUAAUUAGUUAGGUACUAUCCGCGAUAUUGUGCUCGUAUUUUCCAUUGCCAAAGUAAUUUGGGACUCCCCUAGAAAUAUGGUAUUUAUUUAUAACAAUUAUUUAAAGUUUCCUGGGUCUCGUAAAGUUUCGAUUCACUCGGUAAUGUUUUACAUGAAUUCGUAAUUUAGAUAAGCGCCAUCUAUCCUAGUAAUACUGAACUAUUAUCAGACAAUAGUGACAUCUUGUGAGGAUAUGGUGAACUAAUAACAACAUUGGCUGUCCAGAAAGAAGAGCGGGGUGUUCACCCCGCGUGCAGCUUUAUUGUAUACUACAAUACUAUUUAGUUUGUACUUUUUAGUAGAGAUGGCGCUGUACAGUUUUUUUAGUUUUAGUCGUAGGUGUUAUUUAAU